AUGCCAUCAGGAAAUGACACAAUUUUAAAUGCUUCAAGAAAAUCAAUUAACAAAAAAACCACCAAGUUUCCAUCGUCCUCUACCGCUGUUUCACCUGCAUCAGAUGUUUAUUCUGAUAAAACUGUUCAAGCAUCAAAACUAUUAACAUCUCAAAGUGCUAUUUACAAAAAGACUCCAUCAUCCACAGCUGUUUCAACUGCAUCAGAUAUUUAUCCUGAUAAAACCGUUCGAACAUUAAGACAAGCAGCAUCCCUAAAUGCCUUUUACGCAGCUUCUCCAAGAUUUCAAUCAUCUUCUACGGCUGUUACACCUAUGUCAACAUAUGUAGAUGUGUCGAUAUCUGCUCCUAUUGAUGCUCGUCAUAAUGAUCCAGAUUUAAAUGCAGGGCCUAUAACACCAAUCAGCAUGGAACCUAUUUCCACUUUUUCAGCCCAAGAUACAGCUAAAUAUAACCCAGAUAAAUUUGACUGCAAGCCAUCGCACGUAAGCGCUAUUUUACAUGCAUACUUUCUUUAA